CGGCCGAAGGCGUCAUCGGAGAAGGAGGACUUCCCUCCUCCCCGCCCCUUCCGGUUCCUGUUGCGGCUCCAGACCCGGCCUCGGCUUCGGCGUCUGCUUGCGAGAAGGAGGAGGACAUGGCGCUGUUCGAGCAGAUGCGCGCCAACGUGGCGAAGCUGCUCAAGGGCAUCGACAGGUACAACCCUGAGAACCUGACCACCCUGGAGCGCUACGUGGACACCCAGGCCAAGGAAAACGCCUACGACCUAGAAGCCAACCUGGCCGUGCUCAAGCUAUACCAGUUCAACCCGACCUUCUUCCAGACCACAGUGACAGCCCAGAUUCUGCUGAAGGCCCUCACUAACCUCCCCCACACAGACUUCACCCUGUGCAAGUGCAUGAUCGACCAGGCUCAUCAAAAAGAGCAGCCCAUCAAGCAGAUCCUGUACUUGGGGGACUUGCUGGAGACUUGUCACUUCCAGGCUUUCUGGCAUGCCCUGGAUGAGAACAUGGAUCUCCUUCUCCUCAAUGGCAUCACAGGCUUUGAAGACUCCGUCCGAAAAUUUAUCUGCCAUGUUGUGGGCAUCACAUAUCAACACAUUGAUCGCUGGCUGCUGGCUGAGAUGCUGGGAGAUCUUUCAGACAGCCAGCUGAAAGUAUGGAUGAGCAAAUACGGCUGGAGUUCCAAUGAAGCAGGACAGGUCUUCAUCUGCAGCCAGGAGGAGAGCAUCAAGCCCAAGAACAUCGUGGAAAAGAUCGACUUUGAGAGUGUUUCCAGCAUCAUGGCCUCCUCCCAGUAACUCCUGCCCACUGUGUCCUUUUUUGUGUCUCCUUUUCCCUCAUGUACUCCCAGCUUCUUAAAUAAAAGCCCUUUACUUCCUG